GAAGAACCUCCUCCCACCAAAGCAUAUACCAUCCCGUUUCUCAUUUCUCCCCCCAAAUCCCCCCCCAAAACAAUUUUCUGAAAUUUCCUGUUAAUUAACGAGUUAUGGAGGAGCUGUCCAUCAUCAGGACUUUUGCUUUUCGUAAUUUUGAAGGUUUAUUUCUGUUCUGAUUCAUUAUUUUUAUUGGAAGAAGUUUCCAUUUUUCGAAGUUUCCAUUUUUCGACCAUUUUUGAGGCUAUAAAUACGAGCCUCUGAUAUUCGGCAUUUGUGUGAGGGAUCGUGCAGAGUCAUUAGGGUUUUAGUGAUAUUCUCUGAUUUUUGUCGAGAUAGAGUAGAAGAAGAGGAGAUCUGAGCAAUGGCGACGGAUUCAUCGAACGGAGAGCAUCAAACCACCACAAAACCACCACCAUUGCCUUCUCCAUUGCGCAAUUCCAAGUUUUUUCAGUCCAAUAUGAGAAUUUUGGUUACUGGAGGGGCUGGAUUUAUUGGUUCUCACUUAGUAGACAAAUUGAUGGAGAAUGAGAAGAAUGAGGUAAUUGUUGCUGAUAACUACUUUACUGGAUCAAAAGACAAUCUCAGAAAGUGGAUUGGUCAUCCAAGAUUUGAGCUCAUUCGUCAUGAUGUGACCGAGCCACUAUUGAUUGAGGUUGAUCAGAUUUACCAUCUUGCAUGCCCUGCUUCACCAAUUUUCUACAAAUACAAUCCUGUAAAGACAAUAAAGACAAAUGUGAUUGGCACAUUAAACAUGCUGGGACUUGCUAAGCGUGUUGGAGCAAGGAUCUUGCUUACAUCAACUUCAGAGGUGUAUGGAGAUCCCCUUGUACAUCCACAGCCCGAGACCUACUGGGGUAAUGUUAAUCCAAUUGGGGUACGCAGCUGCUAUGAUGAAGGGAAGCGUGUGGCUGAGACACUGAUGUUUGAUUACCAUAGGCAGCAUGGGAUUGAAAUUCGCAUUGCUAGAAUCUUCAACACAUAUGGGCCACGGAUGAACAUUGAUGAUGGUCGAGUUGUCAGCAAUUUCAUUGCUCAAGCACUUCGUGGGGAACCAUUGACAGUCCAGAAGCCUGGGACACAAACUCGCAGUUUCUGUUAUGUCUCAGACAUGGUUGAUGGACUCAUUCGUCUCAUGGAGGGGGAGCACACUGGUCCAAUCAACAUUGGAAACCCAGGUGAAUUUACUAUGCUUGAACUUGCGGAGACAGUGAAGGAGCUGAUUAAUCCUGAUGUGGAGAUACACAUGGUAGAGAACACUCCCGACGAUCCACGUCAGAGGAAGCCUGACAUCACAAAGGCAAAAGAAUUGCUAGGUUGGGAGCCAAAAGUCAAGUUGCGCGAUGGUCUCCCCCUAAUGGAGGAGGACUUCAGAUUGAGGCUUGGAGUCUCCAAAAAGGCGUGAAUGGCUUCUUCUGGUUCUGGAGUUAAUAUAAAAGGUGUUUAUCGCGGGGAUGUGACACAAUAGAGGACUGCCUGUCAUACCCUGUUUAAAAGCUUGUAGCUUGUCUCAUUAUUUCUUUGCCAUAUCACACAAAAUAAAAGAUUAAAGAUACUGAUAAAUGUAUAACUCUUUGUUAUUGGGAGUUCAUUUAGAGAACACGAGUUGUCUCAUCGCCCCGAAUUUUGUUGCAAAAAUGUAUUGAUAAAAAUGUAUUAAUGUUAUGCAUUUACAUGCGAGAAAUAUAGAUGUUCGCCACGG